GCACUGACGCACGCCGAACACGUCCCGUGGAACCAUGACAGUCAGCGCAGUUGCAUGCUUGGAAUUCUAGCUGCCGACUUUUGCUUUCAAGGACCUCGUCGGUUUUCAGGACAGUGGAGAAGUGGUUCGGCUUGAUGAUUCCCUGAGAAGAGACUCCUCAACGCGAAGUUUGGCAGCUAAACUUUUCUUUUCCGUCCUCUUCAUGAUAUUUCCCAGCGGCAGCAGCAACAACAGCACCGGGUUGCCAAACAGCAAGCAUCAUUCAGUGUCAGCCAACGGCAGCGGCUGGAGCUCACUGUCGUCUCGUCCCCGCUUCUCUGCAGCCUGUAAAUUUCCGCUUCAGUUUCAAGGCAAAAAUGUCUGCAGACCCUCUGACUGACCACCCAGUCUGCACUGGUGACUUGGUGUUAGACAUCCUGCAACCAAAGCACCUUUCCAAAACCCCCUGACUGCUGGGGUGUAUGGGCGUCCUUCCUUCUGCUUGCACUUCCUGGCCUCUGCAGUUGCUCAACACGCUCUCAUCUCCUCUUAGGAGGUUUUAAGAAUGCUAUGUAGCAGAUUUUAACCUCUGAUUUCUUUGUGGAUAAGAACAGCUGAAACGGUAAUUUCUCUGCACACUGUCACCCUGCUUUAUUGAUAUCACAAGACAAGACAUUCAGCCUCCGGCCAGGCCUCUAUAGCCCCCUUCCCUUUCACCACCCGAGUACCAUGCUGGGUACACUCCUGCGGAGGAACAUGUCCCAGAAGCUGAGUGUGCUGCUGCUGGUAUUCGGCCUGGCAUGGGGACUUAUGCUGCUGCGCUACACCGUGCAGCAGCCUCGCCAUCAAAGCAGCGCUGAGUUACGUGAGCAGAUACUGGAGCUUAGCCGGCGAUAUGUCAAAGUCCUGACAGAAGAGAACCAACAUGCACCAGGUGGGCCACAGGGAACCUCUAUGGCUGGUUAUGCUGAUCUGAAGAGGACUAUUGCUGUUUUACUGGAUGACAUUCUGACACGGCUGGUCAAACUGGAGGGGAAAAUAGAAUUGGUGGUCAAUGCCUCUUCCACAAACACCUCCCACACAGCAGGGGGCAUCGUAGCCUCCGCUCCCGCUGCCCUGCAGAAAGCCUCAAAGCAGGAGACACCAGGCAGCCACCCAGGGACGUCACGCCUUCACCCACACGUCCCUAAUAGGCAUCGACCACUCUGAGGAGGCUAGUUUUGAUAGUUGUAGCCAUUUUUUCCCCAGCACAUUACACUUUUCCAUCAUUUAUCACUGAUGUAACAACAUCAGGCUAAUGAAGCAAUAGGGAUACUUAUGGACAUCCAGAGACUUAAAAAGCAGGAUGCACCUCAAAAAUGUUCUGUCAAGUCCAAGAGAAGAAAGAGAACCUUUCUAUUCUCCGGCCUAUCAUAUGCUGAUAUUUAUUUUUUUUACUGAGACUAUUCAGCACUUGUUUUUAUAUGUUCAUUGCCGAAUUUAUUUUGCAUACAUUUCUGUUGUUUUUUUUUCUUUAGAGAGUUAUGUUUGAACGUUGUGCAAAUGCGAAGGGGCAAAUGCAUUGAACUGAAACUCACUUUCGAACACUUUAUUAUCAAACUGGCUUAAAAUCCUCCCCGUCUACAGAUAAACCAUUAUACAAUACUGCUUCAACAUAUCAAAAUACUCAACUAAACCGUACACUCAUGAUAGUUAAGAAUAGCUGCAUUUUAGUUCAUAGCUGGCACGAUUGCUAAAUACUGUCAGAAUAAGGUUUCUCUUUUAGCUCACACAAAAUAAGGACUUUAAGAAUAAAUAAACAGUUUAGUUCACUUAUAACAGAUAAUCCAAAGAAUAUUACUGCAAUCCAUGAGAAGGCAAUAUAAGUAUGUAUGUGCUAUAGAUGAGGUUUGUGGAGAAUAUGAAGGAAUGAUGCCUAUUUGCCGCUGCAGACCUGUGUGAAAGUGCGUGCUUGCUUUUGUCUCACUUGAAAUCCAAUGUUUCCCUUGCACCAUGUUGAGAAAUGGAUGAAUUCAGAUGUUGCUGGAACAGAUUGAAUGUACUGUGCGGACAGUCUUUAGCUCUGUAAUGCUGGUAAGAUGACUGAUCUACUGCUUACCCAUGUUCAGGGUUCACGUUGCACUGUGACCGUAGAGAUUUUCUAAAAAUACCGGGUUCACCCAACUUGGACUUUAGGGAUAUUUAAAGAGAGUUUCUGGAAUAUUCAUUCUUCCAGCCUUCCUGCUGCACCUUAGCAUGGUUUCUGUAAUACUGAUAAAAGCUGGUAAAAUACCUCACCAUGUCCUGCCCAGAGGAAGAAAAUCUGUAAUUUGUUCAUCAUGACGCUUGUUAACGUGAUGACUUUAUUCUGCCACACAAAUGAGCGACAUUUUUACCAACAUCAUUUGGGAAUAGCAUGAGACCUAGUCAAUGUGGAUGAAGUACUCAAUUAUGAAGACAAAAAUUCAUUAAAGCUUAAACCUUGCUGUGUAAGGUUGCUCCCAGAAAUGUAACUGUAUGUUAAGGUCACUACACUAAAUUAUUGAGUUGGGCUUCGACUGUGUGUGUCUACACUGAGUGAUGCCAUAAAUGUACCGUGCUUCUAAUGCUGAAGAAGAAAAUAUGAGCCAGGGAGCUGCCAUGACAAGAUAGCUUUACUAAUAAACCCACCUCAUGGAAAAAUUA